AUGGGGUUUGGAGACUUUGAUUCAAUAUGCCGGAAGGCGGCGCUGCCUCUGUGUUCGCUCGUUGGACCGAAGACCGGCUUUGCAGGGACAAGAGGGAUACUGCCAGACUGUUAUGCGAGGAACAUUGAAGUCGCCAAUACCAUCAUUUUCCAAGGUGCGGCCGGGAUAAUACAUAUUAUGGCACUAGGAAUGGCAGUAGUUAUGAUUAUCCAUAUCCGGUCGAAGUUUACGGCAGUCGGCCGAAAGGAAAUAAUAACAUUCUUUUACCUCUAUAUGGCUCUCACGGUCUGCUCGCUCGUGCUUGAUACCGGAGUGACACCUCCAGGAAGUCCGGUUAUGCCAUAUUUCGCUGCCGUUCAGAACGGACUGACUUCCGCAAUGUGUACCAGCCUGUUGAUCAACGGUUUUGUGGGAUUUCAACUAUACGAAGAUGGCACUGCGCUCUCUGUGUGGCUUUUGCGAUUCUCCUCAUUGGGAAUGGGCCUAGUGUCUGGGGCGGUCUCCCUCUUGACAUUUCAGGGAUGGGCAGGUCUUUCGCCCACGAAUACUGUCGCCAUGUUUGUUGUUCUCUAUGUUUUGAAUGCCUUGUCCCUGGCCAUCUAUGUGAUCAUGCAGAUUAUCCUUGUCGUCAACACUCUAGAGGAUCGCUGGCCAUUAGGGCAUAUCACAUUCGGUGUUUUCUUCUUCGUUGCUGGACAAGUCAUUUUAUACGUGUUCAGUGACGUAGUCUGCGAGGGCAUUCAGCAUUAUCUGGAUGGACUAUUUUUCGUUACUUUCUGUAACUUGCUCUCUGUUAUGAUGAUAUACAAGUACUGGGACUCUAUUACCAAAGAAGAUCUUGAGUUCUCGGUUGGUCUAAAGCAAAACAACUGGGAGGUUAAAGAACUAUUACCUGAAGAAGAGCGCAGGGCCACCGUUUACCUCGACACCAACUCCGAGUAUGCUGGCAGCAUGUACCACAACCGAAGCUCUGCUCACGGUGGCCAUUCCGCUUACUAA